ACUCGCUUCAUCACCAACUGCUCACCCAAACCAGAAGCAAAAUGUCCCUGAAAUUGCCACGGACCUGGGAUUUCAACCUGAAAGUGGAGGCUGGGAAAAUAGAUGCUGACUCCCACGCAGGAAAAAGGAAGCACCUUGUGUCAGAUGCUGCGGCCACUUCCUCUUCAGAAGGCUCCAGCCAACCUUUCACUUUGCGGAAUGAGAGGGCAGCCAGCGGUGCUGGACUGCGUGUGCACGGGGCCCCUGGCUCCCACCUCGUUUCUGGUCUUGGUCUGGCCCUGAUCAGGAGCUGACCCCUGGCUGCCUCUCUGGCUCCUGGGGCGUUGUCUCUGAUACAGAUCUGUACCCUUGAACUGGACCUGACUGUGGCCUCAGCCACCUCUCGUACCACCCCCAGGGGUUCCCCUGUCGUCUCUCCACCCACUCUGUGCUCGCUGCCCCAUGUCCCUCAGUCAGUCUGCCUGUCUGUUCCUCUCUACAGCUCGGUCAAGGAGCGUGAUGACUGGCGAGCAGAUGGCCGCCUCUCAUCUGUCGUCCACCCCCAACCCUCUGGAGAGGCCCAUCAAGAUGGGCUGGUUGAAGAAGCAGAGGUCCAUCGUGAAAAACUGGCAGCAGAGAUACUUUGUGCUGAGGGCACAGCGACUCUACUACUACAAGGAUGAAGAGGACACGAAGCCACAGGGCUGCAUGUAUCUCCCAGGAAGCACGAUCAAGGAGAUUGCCACAAACCCAGAAGAAGCUGGGAAGUUUGUCUUUGAAAUCAUUCCGGCCUCAUGGGACCAGAAUCGCAUGGGACAGGACUCCUACAUCCUCAUGGCCAGCUCUCAGACGGAGAUGGAGGAGUGGGUUAAAUUCCUCAGGAGAGUUGCUGGCACACCCUCUGGAGCCGUGUUUGGUCAGCGCUUGGAUGAGACUGUGGCCUAUGAGCAGAAAUUCGGUCCUCAUCUGGUGCCCAUCCUGGUGGAGAAGUGUGCAGAGUUCAUCCUCGAGCACGGCCUGAAUGAAGAGGGCAUCUUCCGUCUGCCUGGGCAGGACAACCUGGUGAAGCAGCUGAGAGAUGCUUUUGAUGCCGGGGAGCGGCCCUCCUUUGACAGAGACACAGAUGUGCACACCGUGGCCUCCCUAUUAAAACUCUACCUCCGAGACCUCCCGGAGCCAGUGGUUCCCUGGGGCCAGUAUGAAGGCUUCCUGGUCUGCGGGCAGCUCACAAACACAGAUGAGGCAAAGGCUCAGCAGGAGUUGAUGAAGCAGCUCUCCAUCCUUCCUCGUGACAACUAUAGUCUCCUGAGCUACCUCUGCAGGUUCCUACAUGAAAUCCAGCUGAACUGUGCCGUUAACAAGAUGAAUGUGGACAACCUGGCCACUGUGAUCGGUGUGAAUCUCAUCAAGUCGAAGGUCGAGGACCCUACAGUGAUUAUGAGAGGGACUCCUCAGAUCCAAAGAGUGAUGACCAUGAUGAUCAGAGACCAUGAAGUCCUUUUCCCCAAGUCCAAGGAUGCACCCUUGUCACCUCCGGCCCCUCAAAAUGACCCCAAGAAACCUCCAGUGCCCCGAAGUUCUGUGGGCUGGGAUGCCACUGAAGACCCUCCAAUUUCUAGGACAGACAGCCUCAGUAGCAUGACAAGUGACUCUGACACAACCAGCCCCACUGGACAACAGCCGAGUGAUGGGCAUCUGGAUGACAGCAGCAAAGACCCCAAGGAAAAGCCAGGGGAUUGGAAGACACAAUCUCGAAAAAGGACACAAACACUUCCUAACCGGAAAUGCUUCUUGACAUCAGCUUUUCAAGGUGCCAACAGCAGCAAAGUGGAGAUCUUUAAAAAUGAGUUCUGGUCACCUUCUUCAGAAUCUAAGGCAGGAGAAGGGCACAGGAGAGCAAUGUCUCAAGAUUUGCACCCCUUUUCUGAUUCCCAGAGGACUUCCACCUAUGAUAAUGUCCCUGCCACACCAGCGUCCCCUGGGGACAAAGCAGGUCCACUUUCUUCCCAUGCCUGUGACUCCAGGAAAGAUAUUCCUACCAGCCCAAAUUCUGAAACUGGGCCAGGCGAAAAGAACUCUGGAGAAGAGGAUCUUGAUUCUUUGCAGAGAAUGGUCCAGGAGCUGCGAAAGGAAAUAGAAACACAGAAGCAAAUGUAUGAGGAACAGAUUAAAAACCUUGAGAAGGAAAAUUAUGACGUCUGGGCUAAGGUGGUGAGGCUCAAUGAAGAACUAGAGAACGAAAAGAAGAAAUUUGCAGCCUUGGAGAUCAGCCUGCGCAACGUGGAGCGCUCCCGGGAGGAUGUUGAGAAGAGAAACAAGGCCUUGGAAGAAGAAGUCAAGGAAUUUGUCAAAUCCAUGAAGGAACCCAAGGCUGAGGCUUGAGUGUCCCAUGAGUACUACAGGGACAGCCCGAGGGAGGCCCCACUCUGUGGCCUUUCUUGGUGCUACCCGAUGACUGGGAAGCAAAACUGUUCUCUAAGAGGGAAAAGAUAUUUGGGGGGAAGACAUUUCAUUUCCCAGAAAAUAAAUCAGUGGAGUUUGCAGGGAGAUGAGGGUGAACACGGACAGGUGUGGACAUCUGUGAUGGCACACCGCUGUAUUCAGAGAGAUUGCGUUAUUCCACUGCAGUCUCAAGCAGAAUCAAAUGGAACUUUCCAUGGCUGGAUGCCUGUCUCCAGUGGAGACAUUGAGGCAGGCCACAUCUCAACCAGGCAGCAGGCUGGCUCCAAUAAAGGCUGGACUGAUGUGGUAGUUCUUUGUUUUCUGUGUGGAACAACUCACCUUGUCAGAUAGCCUCAGGGCAUCCCUGAGCCGCAGGGCAGAAAAUGCUAUUUGGUUUUUGAGUGCUCAGCUGUGGAGUUUGAGCUUUGAGAGGCUGCAUCUUCUGAAACCAGAACCCCAUUCUGCCACCCCACCACAAUGCUCAUCCACCAGGGAUUUUCGAACAUUACUAGACUAAGACACACCCACCAACAAACUGCGUUUAUAAAAGACAAAAAUUAUAUUCAAAUAAAGCAAAAAAACAAAAAAGGCAAGGCUAUUGCUAAUCCAUACAGCACCUUUGUGAGAAUUAGUACAAGUCAACUCUUCCUUGGGAAAGAUGCAACUAUCUCUGGGGCACUUGGUUUAGUGAGCAGGGCAUAGGCUGGAUUCCAGUCCUCAACUUGCCUUUCAGUGGCCACCACUGUGUAUAGAGCAAUUGGGUACAAAGGCUUCCUACUAUGAUGUGACCCCCUUAUUGUGGGUGUAGACAGCAAUAGUCAUGAUAGUAAUAUCUGUUUUCUUCUUUCACCAAAAUGCAAGUGAUUUUCCCCCUUAGGACAUCAAGCACUAGACAGUAGCUGAGAGAAGGGCUUUCCUAGUGGACAGCUGACUAUUUCUCCUAUGUCACCAUCCCGGCAGAGGCCCCUAGUCAGGGCCCCUACCCCACCGUGGGUGGGUUGGCUCUCUUGUGUGUUUAGUUAUCAUUCUAAGUAAGUGGUCUCCAACUGUCUUGACUGUGUACCCCAUCAGUAGGAAAUGUUUGUGCAUUCACUCCCAAUAUAAAUAUAUUUAUUUAUUUGUAAAUUAUAUACAGGUACUACUAUAUUAUUACAUUAUACAUAUUAUAAAACAUACACAGGACCCAAAUGGAAUGAUGAUAAGUUAAAAGAUCAAUAGGUAUUCUCCAAUGUGCUUUCAGCUCUGGAGACCCUGGUCCAUUGCUCAGCACCUAUCACCCGUACCAUUUCAGCCCAUUUCUCCCAUAAAUGUAUUUGGAGCCCCAGGACUUAAUCAGUGAUUUCAAAUCUGUGCUUGCCACAGUGAGGGUUCAGCCUUCCCACCACAGUCUUCCCCAGAGGCGGGUUCAGCCUCCUUUGUUCUUCCUUGUUCUCUCUUAGUCUUCCUCAAUCUGGUUAGUCCCUCGCCUGUGGCCAUGACUUAUUACCCACAGUGUGAAAGGGACAGACAGGAGGGAUGGUGUUUCUUUGUCCUGCUCUUAAGGCCCUGCUCCACCAACCCAGCCCUGUGAGGACCAGAUUGAUGGGUCCCUUUCCAGGCCUCUUUGCAGAAGAUUGGGGGUGAGGGUUAAUUGAUCUGGAACAUUAUUAAGAAAACCAAUAAAAUAUCUGCUAUUUUGAGGUUACUUGUUUUGUAAUUACAGAGCACCAAACAUAGAAGUACUUACUGGUCACUUGAAGUCUAUUCACUCUGAGGCCUAUGUUAUAGGACUUUGGUGGGUCUGGGAGCCAGAGCUCAACCACGUCUGGAUCCCCACCUCAUCCUAGUCUGGCGAUGCCUCCUGCCCUGUCCCUCCCACCAGGAUUAUGGGACAGCAGAGCAGCUGUUCCAGCUCCAGAAGCACUGGGCAGCCUGGGAGUGUCGAUUCCUCUUCAUAAUCAGAAGAGUCGUCUGGCUUUUAUAAGUUGCUACUACUUCGGCCAGUGCCACCCUCCAUACAAGGAGAACACAAAAGUCAGAGCUUUUCUCAUGAGACCAAAGGCAGACUAAGAGAAUCUAGAGUUGGAUGCCACUAUACUCCAGGACCCAAAAGGAAGCACAUGGCAGGGAAGCUCCAGGCCUCAUCUGGACCAAGGGACCAGUUUCUGGAAGGCAGUGCCUGUGGCCAUCUACUGGAUCCUGACCUGCCAGCUAUGCUAUUGGACGCUAGAGCUCCCUUCCAUGGACAGGACUUUACUAAAUCUGCCUUUGUCUUACCACACCCCCUCCGGCCCCUACCCCCUCUUCUAUGGUUCUCAAGCUGAGAACCUACACAGGUCUGCAGUGUGCACUUUAAAACCCCUCACCCUCUUCCCUGCAGAGCUCCUUUUCCCUCAGAGCUGCAAGCCUAGUGCCUAUCAGGGCACUCUUAAGUUUGAGGCAGAUGGAUGGUUUUCCAAUAAGUUUGUGCACCAGAUAGGACAAUUUGUACUAGGGGUCUAGCUGACCCUUUCAGUUGUCUGUGGCCUUCCUAGGACAGUGACUGCUGCAUAGGAUGUAAGCAAUAAAAAUUUGUUGUCGUUU